AAAAUUUUAACCAUAAUACACAAGAUCUUGACAGAUAGUUCUCUCUGUGACAAGCUAAAACAUUCGGUAACGUAAGUAUUCACAAUUUACAAAAACUUGCAUUCAUCACUGUUAAAAUCAAUAUGCAAACCUGAUUGUUAAAAAAACAUAGUUUACUAUUUUGAUUAAACCCACUCGACAAGGGUUUUCCACAAGACCAACCAUUUUAAUUUUUAAGGAACCAAAAAAAAAAAAUCUUUAGGAACCAAAAAAAAGAUAUGGUCAUAUUAGUAAGAAGAGGAAGAAUUCAGGGGCCUAGUAGUAAUUUACAACCCGGGGUCGCCGGAGCUGAAUACAUCACAGGCGGAGAAGUAAAAGACCCCUAAGACGGAGGUUUUAGCAAAGAUACAGAGAGAUUCUGAGCGAUGAAACCUUAUAGUCCUUGAUUCUCUGGGUUGCAAUGAUGUUUUCAAGAUUUCUGAAAAAAUUAGAAAACAUUGCUCAAUUCAAUAUCUGCAUUGCUUUCUCCUCCAUUGCUCAUCAAAACCAGGUUUCAAGGUCGAAACUUUAUCAUGUUUAUAGUACUGUGAGAUGUUUUCAGAGUGGUAGAUUUGUCUGUGGGGGUAAUUCUUCUUCACGGCAUUGGUCUCAGUCACCGACCCGGGUUUUCGGGAAUCGGGUUUCGAGAGCUAUGAAGAAUGAAGCUCAAAAAGCUCUCUUUGAUUACUUGCAUUAUACUAGAACCCUUAGUUUUGUUGAUGCAGAUCAUAUAAGUAAGAAUUCUCCUCGUUUUAUUUUGAGUUUGUUGUCCAAGAUUGAUGAUACUCGGAAGGAGGAUAUAUCCCGGGCAUUGACUAAGUUUCUAAGGUACAAUCCCAUCAACGAGUUUGAACCAUUUUUCGAGAGUUUGGGUUUGCGUCCAUCUGAGAUUCCGCGUUUCCUUCAACGGGACUUGGUUCUUUUGAGUGAUGAUGGUAUCAUGUUUGAGAACUUUCAUGUUCUUUGCUAUUAUGGGAUUCCGCGUGGCAAGAUUGGCCGCAUGUUUAAAGAAGCAAGAGAGAUUUUUGGAUACGAGAAUGGGGUUUUGGCGUCGAAACUUGAAGCUUAUGAGAGCUUGGUUCUUAGUAAGCCUAUAGUCAUUAAGCUUGUUACUUGUUGCCCAUUGCUUCUGGUUGGUGACAUUGAUAGUGAGUUUGUUUCUGUGAUCAAUAAGUUGAAGGGAGUAAACAUAGGAUGUGAUUGGCUUGCGCGGUAUUUGUCGGAUAGAAAAACAUAUAACUGGCUUCGGAUUCUUGAGACAAUGGAGCUCCUUGAUAAGGUGGGGUUUAAGGAUGAGAGGUUGAGUAGUCUUUUGAAAGCAUAUCCAGAUUUGGUGGGUGAGGCUUCUGGAAAUAAAGCUUAUAUUAUGUUGGAAAAGUUUCAUAAAGUUGGACUUCAGAUGAAUGAAAUCGAUAAUUUAGUGACAGACAACCCAGAGAUGCUAUUAGAGAAAUCUGUAAAAAGAAUUUUAGAGACGUUGAAAUUCUUGAAACGUAUCAGAAUGGAAAAGCAGUUUGUCGUAAGGUUUUUACUGUGUCACAUGAAGCUUAUAUGUUCAUCCUCUUUGCUAGGACCUAGAGCUGUUUGGAAUAGAUUGAAAAUCGGAAGAGACCAGUUAUGUCAGAUCAUUAAGGAAGAGCCUUUGAGAUUGUUCAGUUUAGCUUCUAAAACUAAUAAUAGUAGAAUUAAACUUGAUUCACUGGAUUUGAGGAAUGCAGAGAAAACGGUGUUCUUGUUGAAGCUAGGGUAUGUAGAGAAUUCCGAUGAGAUGGUGAGAGCUCUGAAAAAGUUUCAAGGGAGGGGAGAUGAGCUACAGGAGAGAUUUGAUUGCUUUGUGAAGGCUGGUUUGGACUAUAAUGUGGUUAGCCAGCUUGUUAAGCGGGCGCCUCAUAUGCUUAACCGGCCGAAAGGUAUCAUAGAAAAGAAGAUCAAUUUGCUAACAGAUUAUUUGGGUUAUCCAAUUGAAUCCGUGAUAGAGUCCCCAACAUAUUUGUGUUAUAGUAUGGAGAGAAUACAUCACAGAUUCUCAAUGUACAUUUGGUUGAAAGAAAGAGAUGCAGCAAUGCCGAGGCUGACACUAGGCACUAUAGUCGGUAUUUCCAAUACCCUUUUUGUGUCAUACUUUGUCAAUACCCACCCUGAAGGUCGAGCUACUUGGGAAAAUAUAAAGAAAGCAUCUACCUGAAGUGAAUUUAACUGGUCAGUUCAAUGAUAAAACGUUACCUUCAAUCUGGAAUUUUUCAGUGAGAUGGAGAGGAUCAGAGAAUAUGUCUAUGCAUAGUGAAGUAUUUCCGCCUUUGAAUUUGAUAAUUACUCUCUAUUCAUCAGUAUAGUGAUACGAAUGCCAACAAAUGGACAAGGAAGGACUUGGAGAAAGCUGAAAGAACAGAGACUCUCCAUAGUGUUGCUACGCUAUUGAGCACAGCGAAGUGAUUCUUAGACUGGAGUGAACAGAGCGACAAAUUGGAAAGGCACAGUCCUUCGUUUAUACAAUAUUCUUCUAUUGCUUUCCGAAGCUGGAAAUGCACACAUACCAUAUGAUGCAACUUGAAAUAUUUUCUUUGUUGAAGGAGACAGUAUUGGUCAGACAAGGACCCGACCUGAUACCGAAGAGAUCAGCUAACGUCUACGUAUUUACUGGGACAUACCUGUGACAGUUCUGUUCAGAAUGCAUUAUUACAGGUUGUUUGGAAGAAUGGGUUUUGUCCUUUACUCUUAGCCACCAUUAGUCUAUCUCCUGUAACUAUGUAACAUAUAGCUUUGACAAAUGAUCAUGCUUUUUCCUGACUUUUUGUGGAGUGUCUUUGUCUGUUUAAGUAUCUGAGAGUAUCUUGUAGAUUACCUAACUAUUAGAUUUUUGUAUUGGAAACAAAAGAUUGCAUAUAGUUAAAAUGUUUUGGGUUAAUCAGCA